CCGAACAAUGAGCUUGCAGGCUACGCCUGCCGUUGUACCAAGGGAUACAAACCAACAAGUGAGUCUGACCCCACCUGUGUGAACGUGAAUGAAUGUGAGGAUCCCAUCAAUACGCCUUGCCUCAACGGUGGCGACUGUCAUGAUCUGGUGCCUCCAACCUUUGUCGACGUCUCAGGAAAGGAGCGGCGAUUCCGAUGCGAAUGCCGUUUUGGAUUUACUGGAACUUAUUGUGAAAUACCGCCGCCCCCCGUGGCCUGGUCGGCCUGGGGUGACUGGUCCACCUGCUCUGUUGAAUGCGGCAUGGGAGUUCGAAACCGUCAUCGGACUUGUCCCCGACCCGGUGAGUGCCUUGGAAAGGACACUCAAGCAACAGUCUGCGCUGGACGUGUGCUCACGUGCGAUGAUGUUGAAACCAAAAUCAUUGACGGAAAGGUCACCUUUAUUUAUCGAUCGGAGACCCGUGUGUUGAAGCAGGCUGGAAUCCUGUGGACACCAGAGGACGAAUUGCUCCUAGUAGAUGCCUUCGGCUGGUCCGAACAACAACAAGAAGUGAAAUACCAAGGGAAGGAUCACGGCGUUCGUAAUGAAAGCAUUGCCCUAUGGCUGGGCGAUGUAGUCAAGCUGCUGGGUCUCCAGCAUGUCAGCAAAUACUGGACUCACCAACAGAUUACGGCAGUUUUGUCUCUGCUUGCCACAGUUAUAAUAGUGACACGUUAUCCUUCAGUUGACUCCGCAACAUCAGAAUACUGCUAUGACUGUUAA